UCCUCACCAAAUCUGGCAUUAAACUCGAGAGAGAGAGGUGCCAAGCAAGCUCUUUCAUUGACUCCAUUCAGUUUCAUGAUUUGAUGGAGUGUAUUUUCAGGCUGUGUCUUCAGAUGUUUUUAAUAAAUCUACAAUUUCUGUACAAGCAAUAUCUUAGAACAAACAUGUAGAAAUUGUUCUACUUGUCAUUGCUGGAAUUAGUUGAGACUGAAGACUUAGAAAUUUUUUUUGCUAUACAGAAAAUAUUUAUCAUAAUGUUAAUCUGUUCUUACUAAUAGGAUUUGAUUUGUAUUAUUGUAUUAUACUACUUUACCUCUUGGUUUUUCUUUUACCUGCCUACUGUCAAGCGUAUAGGGACAGAUUGGGCUGCAUGUUACCAGAUUCUUUUUAGUCAGCUCCGCAAUGUGAAAUACACAUCCCCUGUCAUCUCCAUCAGGUGUGUCCUCGGUGAAGUACCCACACUGGCCCUGAGAACAGUUGCCUAGAGUAGUAAUCUCAAGGAGCAAGAAAAAGGAUAAUAAGGUGAUAUAGCCUAUUUUAAGGCACUAAAGUAGAAUUUUGAAGAUUUAUCUGAGAGGGAGCAUGCAUGCAUGAGUAGGAGGGGCAGAAGAAGAGAGAAUCUCAAGUAGACUCUGUGCCGAGCACUGGGCCAACGUGGGGCUCAAACCACAACCCUGAGAUCAUGACCUGAGCUGCCAUUUAAGUGACUGUGCCACCCAGGCACCCCUAAAGUAGAGUUUUAAAAUUUGCUAAAGGAAUGCCCUCUCCUCUGUUUCUUACUAACUCCGUAAAUACACUCCCACGUACGUAAAUGUAGCCAGGACAGUCCACAGGUUCCUGUGAGCUAAAACUCUUAAAGUUGGGUCUGAACCUCAUUUGUGUUCACAUCUGCAACAUCCCAGUUGGACUAGCACAAUUUUUUUUACCAGCCUGACUAGGGACAGCAGCAGAAUGGUAAAGCUAUAGGCCCCAAAAUUUGUAUUUUCAGGAGCAUUGCUAGAUGUUUGCCAGUAUCAAGAGAUCUCCUGACUGAGGCAGGGCCUGCUAUAGACGCUGGUACAACUGUGUACUCAGAAGCGCUGGGGAUGAGUAUGCAGGUGCAGCUCUUCUGACCUAGCUAUCAGGCAUCUGUUUUCCUUUGCCCACUUGGGCCACUGUUGUGAAUUCCUGUUCUAACGGGAAACUGUUCAGGAAAUGUGGAAUGCACUGAAACAUUUCUGCAUUCCCCCUUAAAUAGUCCAUAGGUACUCCUCUCAGACAUGUUUCCAAAGGCCUUUAAGAUUGAUUUCCUCCCCUGCCAUGGUCUUCCUAGAACUUGUGUAUCUGUGUGAACACUUAAUUGCUUCUCAGAAACUACCUGUGUAUUACUAUAACUAUAUCCAUCAAGAAACAUAUAGUGCAUUAUCAGUCAUCAAGAGCUUAGUUACAAGAACCCUUUAAUCUCUAUGCAUUUAUUAACCUUUAGAAACUUUCCAACUGCAAUUUCUAGUUACUGAGGUUUUUUUGAUUGAUGGCUAAAAUAUACCUACCAUUCUCUAAAUUAUAGUCAAAAUUAUAGUGUGGAAAUACCGAUUUGCUUUUUCCAUUCUCUAAAAAUAUAGCUGUCUGUCUUUAAAGCAUUUUUGCGUAUAUGUGGUCUUCACAGUAGUUUAAUGAGUCAGAUAAUCUAGGUGUUAGCCUCAUGGUCAUUAAGUGACUUGUGUAUGAUGACACAGUGAAAAGUUCUACACUUACAGGCUGGAACCUGACUUUAAGUCUUCCGAUUUUAAUUUGUAAUCCUUUCUUCAAGAAACCUUAGAAAAAAUUUAAAAGUGCUUUUGGUUGUUCAGUUGAUGGUGGUGUAGUGCCUCCUUAUCUUGUCACAAGACUUUUGCCCUUGAGCCCCAUGUAUUUUUUCUCAAGCAGCACCACAACUGGUGCUGCGACAGAAGGUCUGACUUACUCACAGAUGCCUUCUUUUUUUUUUUUUAAAGAUUUUAUUUAUUUAUUCAACAGAGAUAGAGACAGCCAGCGAGAGAGGGAACACAAGCAGGGGGAGUGGGAGAGGAAGAAGCAGGCUCAUAGCAGAAGAGCCUGAUGUGGGGCUCGAUCCCAUAACGCCAGGAUCACGCCCUGAGCCGAAGGCAGACGCUUAACCGCUGUGCCACCCAGGCGCCCCCACAGAUGCCUUCUUGAUCGCCCCCCACGGCCCUUCUGACCAGCUUUUCCAUGUCUGCAGGGUCUACCUGAUGCUUUGAUGUCUUUCAUUCUCACUAGUACUUGGUUUUCUCCUUUGGGAGCAUAUUGAUUAUGGUUGUAGAUAAAGACAGGUGGCCUAGGUUCUUAGACACGUACAGCAUCUGAUUCAUAGUAAAAAUUCAAUAAGUAUUAGCUACUGUUUAUAUUUGAAUUUGAAGACCAGUGAAUUGACUGACCUUGUGUUCCCAAAGUAUGUUUGGUGCUCGAGAACAGACAAGUUCUGCCGUCCUGUAAGGCUCUUGGCAAUACACUUUCCCCUGGAGACCCAAAAUGAAGGUUAACAUAUCAGUGAGGAAACCUGUUUAACUUUUUAAUCCAAUGUUUGCUAAGCUUGAGAACAAUUAUACCUAUUAACAUAACAGUACUACAGUUGGUAAACACUGGACUAACAACUUUCCACCGAGUUCCACCGAUUAAUUGGAAAGACUUAUACAGAACGUGUAGUUUAGAUCCCCCAUCUCCUCAGUCCCCUGUGGAUCUAUUGUUCCUAGAAAGACAAGUGAAGCCAGUUGUCACAGGCAAAAAAUACUCAUUUUAACCCAUUCUUUUAGAGUACCGCAAACUUGCCACCAGAUGGUACUGUUGCAUAAAAUGAAAGUUGAUUGUCGGAGUAUACCUCUCUGAAAGAUGGUCAAAGCAUAUGCUUACUUUCAGUUGCUUUUUAAAGACGGAAAGCUCAUGGUGCAAAUUGUUAUUUCCAGUGCUGGGGCUGGAGGCCUGGCAGAAUGGGUGCUGAUGGAACUACAGGGGGAGAUCGAGGCUCGCUACAGCACUGGAUUAGCUGGAAACCUCCUGGGAGACCUACAUUACACCACUGAGGGAAUCCCUGUGCUGAUCGUGGGGCAUCAUAUCCUGUAUGGAAAAAUCAUCCAUCUGGAGAAACCUUUUGCCGUCCUUGUCAAACACACUCCUGGGCAGGACUGUGAUGAGCUUGGCUGCAAAACUGGCACCCGGUACCUGGUGACAGCACUCAUCAAAAACAAGAUCCUUUUCAAAACUCGCCCCAAGCCCAUUAUCACCAACGUCCCCAAGAAAGUAUGAAAGAACCCCGGAUUUUCCCUAGAGAGCGGCCAACUCCUUGGACUCGUGCUCAGUUGCCACCUCGAGGACGGCUCGACAGUUCCCUGGGACCACAAGGGGGUCCUGUUUUGAACACAGGCCACCCGCUGGGCAUGAAUUCUGAUCCC